AAUGUCACUUACAAGAAUAUUAGAUCAUUACAAGUAAAUAAGAAUUUGGUAGUCUUGUUUUAGCCGAGGGGAAAAUCCAGAGAAGUUAUUUUGGACGAUGGUCACCUUACCCAAGGAUAAUCUUUAAAAGUCAAUGUUUGAAAAGUGGCAUGUAUUGUUGGAUAUUAAAAUUGAGAGAUAGCGAAUAGUUUACUAUGAGAUUAUUAAUCGAGUACAAUUUUGUUUAUAUAGGUAGAUCAACCAUAGGAGGCGUGACCGAAUAUUCGCUCACAACUAUGAAAUUUUAUCUGUGCGAAUGAAGGUAAAGAGGACAAAUUUUCUUCAAAAUGGUCGUGACAUGCGGAAUAAAUAAUGGAUAUGAUUCUGAAAAGCCUCUCGAUUCUCCGACAUUACCGCAAGGACAUGGGGACAUUGCAAUGCCAAUGGAGACUGCAUACUUGGGAUCCACGAAAAACCAAAAUUCUGAAAAUGAGUGUCGAACGGAAUAUGAAAAUGUUGAUAAUAAACCUAUUAUUGUUCUAGCAAAAUGCAAUAAAAAUGGAAAAAUAGUGUUCAGAAGGAUGAUGAAUUCUAAAAAGAUGAAGAAGAAAAUAAAUAAGAUAAAAGUCGUCAAAACUCCAAAAGUUGAUUUCAAACACUCAAACAUGCCUCUACGAGCCAAUAUGAAGUUACAGCUACAGAGACAGCAGAUUGAGGCGGAGGAGAAAAGGAACCAGUCCAUGUCACAGUCAUACAAACCUCCCCCAUCACAACCACAGAUUAUACAGUUUCCUAUCUCAUCAUCAGUCUCAAAUGUCGACUUAAAUGUAGCACCACAGAUACUUAAAGUCGAGUCAAAGUUACAAAACCCCACUCAGUUCCAUGUCCAAGAAAGCAAGAAACGACAAAUUCAUAUGUUCCUUAGUAAUCCUCAUGGCAAAGUUACAUCUGUACAGUCUCUACCUGUCUCAACUCACUCACAAGAGCCUCUACAUGCACUGGGUGGUAGUGUCCCAUUGGACCAGGACAGUAAUUUGUCAGCAGACCUUAGCAGUUCAGCCAUGUCCUCUGAAAUGGCAGAUAUGGAACUGAUUAAUGAGUUAAUUAGUUUGCAGACCGUUGAUCCUCAUUUGGACAGUGAUCUCAGCCUUAUAGAACCAACUCUGGAUCAUCUCUCAUCUACUUUGCCGCAUGCCAACUUAUUUGACAUAUAUGAAGUACCAAGAGAAAAUUCUAACCAGCCAAACUCUUGCCCUGCCAAAUUUCAGCCUGCCACAACCCCAGAUUUUAUGACAGACGAAGAAGCCAGAAUGUGGCAGAAAGACAGACAAAAGAAAGACAAUCACAAUCAAAUUGAAAGACGAAGGAGGUUUAAUAUAAAUGACAGAAUUAAAGAACUAGGAACUUUGUUACCAAAGACUAUAGAUCCAGACAUGAGACAAAACAAGGGCAGUAUAUUGAAAGCAUCAGUAGACUACAUCAGAAAACUCAGGAGAGACCAAGAAAGACUGAAAUAUGUGGAAGAUAGACAGAGGAAGAUGGAAUCAGCAAACAGGAAGAUGAUGCUGAGGAUGCAGCAACUUGAGUUAGUAUUGAAUGCUAAUGGCAUGACAAGUGGUAUGAAAGAUGAUAUGGAUCAGUUAGCAAACUUGUCAGCACAGAAUGCGUUCCAAGUAACUCAUUCCUAUGAACAAGAAAUAGAACAAGCACCUGCUGUGAUAGUGACAUCCUCUCAUGGAUCGUUCGAAGACUUUAUGGAUGAUAGUUCUCCAGUCAGUGGAGAUCCCAUGUUAUCAUCAAACCCAGUCAGUCCUAAUUCUGUCAACGAUGCUAGUGAUUUAUUUAACUGCUGAGGAGAAUAGAUUGGAGAUCAAGUGUAAGCUCUCUUACAUGAGCAAAUCGUUAAUCAGUAGACUCAUUACGAUUUGUUCUGUGUAUUUGUACAGUGUUUUAAAAGUGAUAUAUUUAGACCUGUCUUAAAACUUGUACACAAAAUUACUUAUUCUUCAUAAUUUGAAGUACUUAAGUUAUAGUUUGGGCUUGCCCAGAAUUAUAAAGCUGACCUGUUGGUCUAUAGUGCCUUAAAUGGUUAGGAUUAAUCAGCAUCGACUACUAAACUGUAAAGUAUCUACCACUCUACGUCUACAAUGCAGAAUUUUCUAAAACCCAAUUAAACAUUUGUUAACAUUGUUUCUUUAAACUGUUUGAAGUUGGUUCCGAUGUAAAUAUGUAUAUUAUCAGAUUGUUAUGAUGUAAUUAUUGUUAAAUAGAUGAUGAUUUCUGGCAGUGCUAAAUUAUGACCUAAUGACAAGUUUUUAUCAUUUUGUCAUCAUUCAAUAGACUUAGGGAUAGUGCAAUACUACACAGAAAUAUUCAAAGAUUGUUAUCGUCAUCAUUAUUUGUUAUCAGAUAUUUUUUAAUUGUUGCUGAAUUUGUACAUAAAAUAUAUACAGUGAAACCUGUUCAGACCGAACCUGUUUGAGACUGUGGUUGUUUCUAUAAGACAAGUUUUACCUUUAAACUCAAUGAAUUAGUCCUCAAUCUUGCUUUUUUCAAAAAAUCUGAUGACUUAAAUUGAUCUCAAGGAUACUGAAUUGUUCAUGACUUAUGAUCAAUUUUAAAUGUAAGAUUUGCUUUGAAAUGAGGACCUGGUGUUAAAAUCUAUUUUGAACAGGUUUUUGGUUUAGUCAGGUUUUACUGUUAUGAUCUCCAUGUACUAUUUAGACAUAAAAACAUAUUCAAACUAAAUUUGAAGGUAUUUAGCUUGAUCAUCAUUAAUUAUUAUUUUUCAUAAAUAUCAACUGUAUAUAUUGGUACUGUUCAUCAAAUCAAAUUAAUAUCCAUUCCAGAUUAUAUUACAGUCAAUACACAAUGCUAUAUAUCAUUUUGUAAAUGCAUCAAUGUGUCAGCCAUCACUAUCUUUUUUAAGUAGCAGGAACAGGAAACAAUAUUUUUAUUUUUACAGCUCUGAAAAUUUCGGUUUCUAUAUUGUCAAUGAAAUUGCUAAAAUUGGUUUAAAUUAAAAAGCCAUAUUUUAUGUGUAAUUUGGCUAAAUUGAUUUAAAAAGUUGUAUGGAACACCGUGGCUAAUGGCUAUCAGUUCACAUCAAUAACAGUAGGUAUUGAAACCAAGGUAGCUGUUAAUGGGCAAUGAGAAAAGGUUAGAGGCAAAUAUUGGAAAAUCAAAAUAUUCAUCAUAUAAGUAAUGAACACCAUUUGUAUAUAUCAGUUAUAAAUGUAUAAGUAGUUUUAUUAAGAUAAUUCAAUUGUAUGUAUUAUCCAAUUUUCAACAACUUAUUUAAUUUUAAUCAUGUAUAUGAUUUGUUGUUUAAUUGUACUAAUUUUCUUUUUAAUUUUAUAUGAGUUCACAAUACUUUUACUUUUGUUAGCAUUCAAUAUCAUACUGUUAAAAAAUAAUUAGCUAUGUUGGACUUCUUACUAUAAAUUUAAUCAGCCAGUAUUCUUUUUUACUUUUCUGCUGGCAGAUUUUGUAAUGAAUAUCAUGCAAAAAAAACCUAAAGAACUAAAAAUUCAACAGGUUAAAGUGAAACUCAACAUUUGACAAUUAGUCAUUCUGUUUUUUUCAAUUAUAUUCGAGUGGACUAUACAUGAUAACAAUUAAAACCUCAACUUUUGACUGCCCACAAUAAAUGCUGUGAUGGAUAAGUAAAUCUGUUGUUGCACUGUUUAUCAAAAGCCCAUUCAUUUUGGAAAAGAACAAAAUUACCAGAGAAUAUUUUUGCCAUAAAAAUGGAGACAACAAGAAGUAUUUUAGUUUUUCGGAUGAAUGGUUUCCAAUUUAAUGGCAUUUGAGUUCAGUGAGUGGUUGUAGAAUGUUAUGUUCAGUUAUCAAUUGGUGUUAAUGUCACUCUUUUCAUAAAAUAAUCUUGAAAUACUCAGAGUAACUUUAAGAACAAAUUUUAUUGGUAAGAUAUUUUGAAAGACAUUAAGAUUAACAAAAAGUGUAGCUUUUAUUACUCAUCAGCAUUUUGUAAAUGAAGUUAAAUGGUUGUACAUAUUAGUUAUGAUUAUAAUUACUGCAAUGCUUCAGAACAAUACAAUUGAAAAACAUUUACAAUGCUAUAUAUUUCUUAUGAAUGUAUGCAAAUUUUACAUUUAUACGAAACUCAAGUUUUAUGGAACAGUUAUGUUUUUCAUUUAAAGUUAUGAUUUUAUAAGAAAAGGACACAAAUAUCAAGGAAGAGGAUUUUGUUGUUAUUUUUUUGCAUGUAAAUAUGAUGUUGAAAUUAUACAAAAAUUGAAAUACUGUUAUUGAUAAAGAAAGGGGUAGAAUUGCUAUCACCAUGUUUCAAAUUAAAGAAAUAGAAAACUUUUAAAUGUUAAGUUUUAGUUGAAUAUUGCAUUCAAAUGUAAAGUUUCAGUUGAAUUUUUUACUUCAGAUGUAAAAUUUUAUUAGAAUAUAACUUUUAAAUGUUAAGUUUAAUUCAAAGGUAUGUAGUAAUUUGACAAUUUGUAUUAAUUUACAAUAGAUGAAAAGGGAGACAAUUUUUUUUUUAACACAAUAGAUGAAAGGGAGACUACUGCUGGUGCUAAUAGUAUAGAGAUAGCAUAGAAAUGAAACUUAUGAAUAUUAGAUACAUGGUGUGAUCAAUUCUAACCUCUUGUUGUUUGUUAAUGAGUUAGUCUUAUUUUUUUUUAGAUUUUAUACUACAACUGUUGAUAUUACUUGAAUGGAAUAAAAGAUUGAAAAUAAAA